AUCUUAAACCUUUUAAUUCAUAUGAGCUAACCAAUAUCUCAUUAAUAAUACCAAGAUUUAAAUUCUAGCACCUAGAGCUCUGAAGGUGAAGAUUAUAUUCCAAAAAGAAUUGUUUCUAAGUCAAAUACAAGGAAAAUCCACAAAAUACCUAUCGAAUAAUAGAAACAAUUAUUUAGAUAAGUAUUUUAAGAAGGAAAAUAGAUAAAGGAGGUAAUUUAUAUCAUUCUAAUUUUUAGGUUGCCAAAACCUUAGAUCUCAAUUAUUCUAGUGCUAAAUCUCUCAUUCAUUAUUACAAAAGCAACAAACGCUCUGUUCCUGUUGCUAUACUUGAUGUACUAAAUACAAAAAAAACAACUGGAUAUAGGGUUUCUAAAACAAUACCCUAAACUAAUAAGAAUCUAAAAAUAGAAGUAAGGGAAAAUAAUGAACUCAUUCAUUCUUAUUGCUUCUAUGAACAUCUAGCAACCAUCAGUUGAUUAUUAUAUAUAAC